GUCAGUUUCUGUCCUGAAAAUCGGUAUAUGAAACGAAGGCAGUACUCGUGUCGGCUAUUGCAAGCAGAGUUAGAGUACUUCAUUGUCAUUCCAACCGGGUAGAGUAGAGAUAGCAGUACUCGUACUCCAUUGCUGCAAGUAGAGUUAGAGCACUCCAUUUGAAUUUGUUCGCCCAAACUGUUAUCGACCCAAAAUUGAUCAAGAAGUGCUUGCUUGUUAGGGCGUUGUAUCGAAGAGUCGUCGUGGAAAAGUUGUCGUAGAGUUUUUAGAUCAUGACGCUCGUCCCAGCUCUCUGUGGAAAAGUCGUCGUAGAGUUUUUAGAUCAUUACGCUCGUCCCAGCUUUCUGUAGCAGACUCUUUCAUACUAGAUGCAAUUUACUUCUAAAUCUUAAAUGCAAGAAGAGCAUAGGUGUAAAUAGAGAAAGAGAAAGCAAAAACAAAAAGGCGUACCAAGACAGAUAUCUUGUUCUUUUCUUCAAUACGGUAGUUUUUGGUUAAAAAAUGGAUCGACCAACUACUGCUUAUGAUCCUUAUGUUGACUAUAAUGAAUUUGAUGAAAGUAGUACUGGUAAACACAAAAAGAAAUGAGAACGACCACGAACACCUGCUCCUCAAGGAUGACAAAAAGAAAUAUGAUGCGUUCAUCUGCCUGCGCAAUGUCGUCUUCUUGUUGCAACUCCUCGACGUCGCCGAGAAGUCAACAACCCCGCGCUGUUGUUAAUCCUCAACAUCUCUCACGCAGACGGCGUCGUGGCCCAUGCUGCAGAGGGCGUUUCUUUGCACUCCUUUCUGUUGGUACUACUUUGGGCAGCGAUAUCAUUGAUCGGGAGAGUCACAGUGAUGAAGGGAAGGCUUCUCCUGUGAGUACGAGCAGUCGUGGGAAGAGAAAGCAUGCUGCAACUACCGCAUCUUCUACCAGAGGGCACCAGGAGAACCUGGCUGAUCAUGAACAUCGGCAUUUUGAUUUUACGAAGCCUGAUAGUAAUGUUGAUGAUGUUCUUGACGACGACGAAGAGGGAGAGGCGGCCAGCGACAUUUUCUACUCAAAAUCUUCAAGGCCUGCUGAUGAAGAAGACGACACACAAAACGAGAUGCUUCUUGAGGACAGAAAUACGUUAGAAGUAGAGGACCAAGACCAACUAGAAGGCGACGAUUCAGACGCGGGUCAAGAGAGCGACCGAUUAGAACACAUACUAGCUGUUUCAACAUCAGGAACACAAAGGUCUUCAGGAGAAGGACAAGAGGAGUCAAGAAGAGCACAAAAAAAUACAGCAAAACGAAAGGAGCGCACCAGACAACAACAUCCUCCACAACGUAGAAGUAGUGUCCGGCAUCGAGGACAUCGACGCACUGCUCACGACCAUGCUCUUCAGGUUGACGAACAGCACCAAGAACUAGAACAUCAUGAUCCUCAUGGUGAUUCCCAUAAUUAUCAUGAAAUAAAACAGCCGCAUCAUGUCGUGUCCUCUAGUGCUCGUCUUGAAGACAAUGACGAUGAUCACGACUACUCGAGAACUUCUUCAUCCGGACGUGGACGUGGAAAGACUAGGAUGAACAUGAUCCAGCGAGAUGAUAGUACAACAUCUUCUUCAACUGAUGUUGAAGACAAAACUACGACGACUAACGCUCCACCAGAGGAAGAUGCAACACCAUCAGGAUCAGGUGCGGAGCCUGGGAGACCUCUUAGUCGUAACGAAAGUGGAGAUCGUUCAUCAUCUAGUUCUGGUUCUAGUUCUACUGCUCUAUCCUCUUCAGCCGGUCGAGGUCGUCGUACUAGUACUUCAAAAAAGAACGAGAAGAAAAUACCAAACGGUGGUCGUAAAAAAAAGUCUAAUGUCUCGUCUCGAAGACGACAGCACACGAGGGGACAGCAAAACGAGACUCCCUUUGAGGCAGUGAAGGAAACAAACGCCUUAGUGGAUAAAAAGAAGAACAGGAGACCAACAAGUAACCCAAGAACAACAUCAAAACAGAAAAUGGACAACAGCAAAAGUGGAGGAAAUGAACGUGGGUCUCGUGCUAGCAUAGAAUUCCGUGAAGACGGAGCUCUUGAAUAUGAGGGUGAUUUAGAAGAGCAUGCAGAUGGCCCACGACGGAAAUCCUCUGGCAGGCAAAGCUCUGCCUCAUCACGAUCACGGCAUCAUCACCAGCAGCUGCACCAUGGACAUCGUAUGACGAAACGCCCAGCACGUGGCAGUGGAAGCAGUGGAGAACAAGACGAGGUGAAAAAAAUAACUACAACAAGGAAGAUGCUGAGACAAGAAGAUCAACGGACGAGGCCAAAUUUGAGAGAAGAUAUCGACGAGGAGAACGACAACGAAGACCUAUACAAAAUAGAUGCUCGACAUCAUGCAACUCAGACAACACGAGGUAGAGGAAGACUAGUUCGUCGACACCCUAAGACUUUACCGCAAAGCGAAGCAAACGAGAAAGAUACAGGAGACGCAUUAGCCGAGCCAUCAAGACCAAGUGAUGCUGAGCUGGUAGAUGUAGAAGCAGAUGGAGCUGUUGAACUCGAAGAUGGACCUGCUGAUAUUGUCCAGGGAGAGUUGGAGAAUAACCGUAAAAACGUCGAUUUUUACGAAAAAGUAGACCAAGAACAAGAUGACGAGAGUGGUACACGACAAGAGUCAGAGAUGCUGACGCAAGAAGAGGAAGCAGAGGAUGAUCUUCCUUUUCCUAGCAGUCGUGAAGAAGAAGAUUCCACCGCAUCGACAUCACCAGAUGAGGAAGGUGAAGAUGAAGAUUACGCACGACUCGUCUCAUCUGGUGACGGUUUGGAUUCCUCUACAGCCACUCCUCUACAACCAAUUGCUUCUCAUCAUCGUGGUGCUGCUUCUGAAGAUUAUUCUUUACUACUACACAACAAGCAUCAUCAAGUUCAAGGUGAAAGAUCUUUCAAGAAAAGGGCUUCUGUGGAACAACAACAACGCAGUACGAAACAGCAGAUUCCUUCCGACACGAAUCCUGUAACCCAAACAUUGGUCUUGAACAAGAACAACGAGACUAGUACAUCAAGUCGAAGUCCCCAAGGACAAGAUGUGCAACAUGCGAAACCGAUGCGCAGCAUCGUCUAUCGUAGUAUGUUCAACGCAACCUCAGCAGAGAAGACGACGUCCGUCUAUUACACAGACAAUAAGUGCCUGCAGAGUCACAAAACAAUGAUACCUUUGGUCGUUACGACACCUGUGAAGCAGUGUGAAAUUCGAAGAUUCACCGAGGAUCUUGGAGACAGCACGAGAGAGGGCCGGACCUUAUACUUCUCCGCAAGGGUGGAGUCGUACAUAAUUUCAUUCCUUAUUUUCUUGUUGACAUUUUCAACUUCUUCACCCAUAUGGAUCUUCAACAUUUUUCGAGCAUAGAAUUUGAUCUAGAGCUUGAUCUUCAAUGUCUUAACUGUAAGUAAACAAUAUCAUGUAAUGAAUGUAUCAUUUCUUCAUCUUUUCCUUCACCCAUUAUAAUAUGGACAUUCACUCAAGAACUCAAUAUCCUACAACCAGGUGCACUUCUGUCCGCGUCUCAUAUACGAUGUUUGCGUCGAGCAAUUGCGAUCCAAGCACCGCUAGUCCCUUGCAGGAAACCACACCGGACACCUGCACUCCCAUAGGCGGCGGCCUCUUUACGAAAUUCGAGUGCGGACUUCGAGAGUAUCCGCCUGAUUACCACAAGAACUGGGACUCUCACCGCUUGUUUUCUUGGCGCAGCACUACCCAAUUCGAGGAAGCGGAAGCGUUUCAUGGUCACUUGUAUCUCUGUCGCGACCAAAAAACGUUGAAGGGAUGCUACAGUUAAGGCAUACAACUUUAAGUAUGAUACUCACCUGCCAAUGUGUAUCUAAAUUUAAUUGUAGUACAACCUUGGGUAGUUUAGUGAUAGUGUAUUAUUUCGGUAUAUAUUGAAAAAAAUUGCUAGAAAGCAGGUGGUCACCGUUACAUACUACGGGUAGAUGGAAGGAAGGAGGUAUAGUUCGUCCUCAGGGAAAAGCAGAAGGAGAAAAAACGCACUACUAGCACUACUAAUUGAAGUUGUAGCGGCCAAGCCCUAAUACACACAGAAGCCCGCGUCAGCGAAUGAUCCGUCUAGCAUGGCAGGGAGUAGUGGAACGACAACAAUCGAUGGGUCUAUUGCGUCAUCAGGUGGGGUCUUAGCGAGUUCGGCGUCUGCGGCAGCGAACUUUGUAGAGUCAGACUAUCGACUAGAAAUCUGUCCAGGAUACGUUCCAGCCGCCUCACAAUUUCGCUCUGGGUCUAGCGUAGAACUACAGAAAGUCGGAUGUCCAGUGUUUAUGCAUAUUGUGUUUUGAAUCUUUGUGCGUGCAAGUAGUUUACGUACAAGUUUCGACAGAAAAUCGUCACAAGACAUCAAAGAUAUCAAUCUUCUUGUUGAAUUAGCCUUUUCACUUUUGAUAGUACCUUGUAUGCCACUAGCAACAUUGCCAUGGCUCUAAUCUGUACAAGGCCCACGGCGCAAAUGAGCUUGCUUUCCAAGGAUGGACAUUCAAACCAGAGGGAGUCGUGCGCUAUCCAAGUGAAAGCGCCUUCAAGGACCCGACAACCUGCGAUUUGAAUUAUGAACUAUGCUUAUUAAAUAGUAUACUUAUCCAUCGUGUUUCAGAAAUUGGAUUGUGUUUCAGAAGUCGAUAUCGAAUUUGAAAUACUACUUGAAACAUCAUGAAAGUUUGUGUCUCCGAUGAAAUUCAUAGUUCUUGUUUGAUGAGAUUUCUGAAGAUUCUUUCAGUACCUUGUUCCUCUUCCUGUUUGAUUUCCUCAGUACUUUGCUCUUUAGAGGACGUACUUAUCAUGCGGAUGCAUACUAAUAGAUCUUCUGAAUUGAAAAUAUCAGUGUCAGUACCUUGCUGCUCGUCUACUUCCUUCUCUAAUACCAAGUCUCUCUGUAUUCUUCCCAUUAUCAGCUAGAUACGCAUGACCAUACGUUUGGACAGGGUGAGGUCAGGAUUGGGGAGAACGGCUUCGUGCAGGACCAACGGACGGAAACGAUGCGCGACCCUUCGACUUUGCAGUACAAGUUCAUCCUCCAGCCUCACCAUUUGGUUUCGAGUCAGACGGGGAGGUCGUAUUAAGGCCAGAUUUCCUAGGCUUAUACUAGAAGAGUUAGUUUAUAAAACGGAUGUAGGAUGGACUUGGAUGGAUCGGAUGGACCCCCCCCGAUUCUUCCGAUCCUACUUGAAAUCGUGGGAAGUCCAUCCGAUCCAUCCCAUCCCGGACCUGGCACCCCUGGCCCUGUAAGGCCAGACUUCGUAGCUUUAUACUGGUGCUGAUUCCACCGAUGAUCCUGAUAGGCCAGACUUCGUAGUUUUAUACUGGUGCUGACCCCGAUGAUCCUGAUGACCCACUGUUAGGCCCAUCCUCUAAAUUUCUCAGCACGUGUCAGCUAUAGGAUCUGCGCAAGUGUCUGCCAUGCAAGGACCGAGUAAGCCAAAUGAAGCUGAUAACCUGUAUUGGCUGAUCCGGGUCGCGUGUGUGAAACCACCUAAGUUACGCAAAGAUGUAGACCUAGACUACGAGAUUGUCUUGCCUUGAUCAUGUGUUGUUUCCUUUCGAUAACUUGCUUCUUAAUCAUUAAGUGUUGUCUUGUUUCAUCUUCGUUUUGGCUUAUUUGAUUUUCAAUCGAAUUAGAUGAUCUAAAUGGCUGUGUGCAGAAGCAGAAGCAGAAAAACCUAAGAAGUUAGUAAGUCCUUUCUAACCGCAGAAUUGCUCGAUGCAGAAGCGGUCAGUUUUGAGGGUGGCAAGUACGGGUGUGGAAAUUACCUCUGCUCAGAGGCAUUCGUUGAUCCCGAUGGCCGCUUGCUAGACGAGGGAGGAGGAGAACCGGGUCUCAGUAAUUCAUCAGCCGUUGUCGAGUUAUCUGGCGAUGAAAGCACGUUCCACGGUUUGCGCACUUGUACUCGAAAACAAGAUGCAUCCCGCUUUGUCAUCUUGCCGAAUACGAUUACGCAAAUUUCGAAGUUGUACAAAAAUCCAAUGCAACGGCUGAACUGUUUGUCGCAAGUUUCCUUACCGCCAAGGCUAUCCUUGACCCCUCCCUCAACCGUUUCUGCAGAAGUCUUGCGUCAAUUGAUGGAGCAAUCGGCGGUGAACGACCCAGCUACACUGGUUAAUCUUAAGGCUCGACGUCUAGAAGGCAGUAUUUACCAAGAGACUAGUGCAAGCAGGUCCAGGUGCUGAGACUUUUGCUUCUACUAAGGACUUCCUAUUCCUCGUAACUACACAAGAAGCUCUUGGAUGUUCUUGAUGUGCAGCAAAAAAUCAGAGUCUGCUUUUUACGAGACAUCCAGCAUGCCAAAGUAGAAGUAGUACAGAAAUUUUAUCACUGUUUCUUCUUUCAGAUUCACUUUAUUCACGCAUUAUAGUUACCCUUCUAACACUCGCGAGGUGACACCCGAAGACGAGUGGGAUUAUAUCAAGCAUGCCAUGGCCAUCUGGGCAUCGGUUCUUCUCAUAGUAGGGGCUUUUGCGGUGAUGGUCCUCUGGCUAUUCUGGUUUACCUACAAACACGAACAUCAUGACAUGUACUACGAAAAUUCUUCAGUUUUGUUUUCCUUUUCUUUUCCUUUUCUUUGAAUACGUCAACGGGGGUCACGCUCAGGUUUGAUCUUCAUGGUUAUGCGAUCUGACAAGGUCAUUGUAGAAAGAGAGAUUAGGAAGGAUGGUAUCAACAUGAUCGUAGAUAAUGCUACUGUCAUGGUUCGCUUACGAAACCGUACUUGUUCUUACAUCCUGCUCUGCCUUUUCCUCCAGGUAUGAUCGCAAGCAUGCAGUUGAGCCUACUGAGAUGCCGCUUUUGCCGACAGUCGCUACUGACGUCUUCGGCGAACACGUUGUUCACAGUACUGACAGAGACGAUCAAAGUAGAAGUAGAAGAGAUCGAGGUGGUGGAGGAGGAGCCGACCAGAUACUUCAGAUAUAUGAUGAAGACGGUGACAGUGAUGACGACGGUGACAGCGGUGACGACGGUGACAGCGGUGACGACGCUGGAACGCCGUCCGAGACGAGUAGCGUGGAGUCACUUGACAUGUUCGGAUUGAAAUCUGGAGCAGCAGGUGUCACUUUGAGAAAAAAUCAAGAGCUCGCGAAACGUGUUGGCGAUAUUCGAAAUGACAAGAUCAAAAAUGAUGACGAAAAACGAAAAAGUUGGAGAACAAGUAAGAAGGGACGAGAAGCUUCAGCAGGACGAGAACGUGAGGAGGAAGAAGCUCCUGGCGUACUAGGACGAGGAGAAACCAAGAAAAGAUCAGAAUCUGUACCACCUUCUGCAGGAGCAUCUUCGUCUAGAAGCAGUAGUGCUUUGCGUUCAAAAUCAGUGGAGGACCCUUCUAGGAUCUCAACUACACUAGAAGCGACUGAAUCUGAUGCAAAAAGACAGACUCGCGCGGUUACCUUUCAAACAACUGGCGAGCUUACGCGCCUAAGCAGAGGAGCCGGUGGACGUGGUUCUCUAGUCAAGCUCCCUGCAAUAGGCAUGGAACGAAAGAAGGGUUUGAAAAUAAGACCGCCGUCUAGCGGUGACGCUCAACGGCAUGAUGAUUCCAGAAGUGCCGCAUCAGCUUCUUACCACAAGAAGUUUAUAUCCAAGGAUCAUACAUUAUUAAGGCUACCGCCCAAGCAUCCUCAGCGUCUUCCUUGGCCCUUUUUUUACUCAAGAAAUGAGCCAAGGAUGCACUCAAGGAUCGAUGCUAACGCGGUAGGUCUAACAUUUAUCAGCGCCAUAGGUGAAGCCCUAUUACCAGGCAUCAAGCACUCUCUCACAACCCCAGUCCAGGACGACGACUUUUCAGCGCCAGAGGGCUAUUGCAUAGACUCAACAACUGUUAUGGGUGAAGGGAAGUCAUCUCCCAAGUCAUCUGAAAGAAGAAAUAGAAAACAAGAAGAAAAUGAAGCGAGCCAGAAGAUGACUCCUGAGAUGAGAAUUUCCUAUACCUCUAAAACUGGGUGUCUGCGCCCUAAAAUGCCUCCUAUCAGUGCGUUCCCAGGCAAGCGCAUUCCGACGCUGCAGGAAGUCGCUCUUGGGGAGCAUCUAAGCCAGGAUCCGGGUGAGAGGAUGUACCCACACGCUAACGGUCUCGCAAACUCCAGAAGCUCCGGAGUGCAUGGAGCUCGAUACGUCGAGAAGAGUCGGUUGGACGAAGCAUGGGAAAAUUAUGGAACGGAUGUUCCUCUUCAAUCCUCUUGCCUCUUCAAUCCUCUUGCCUCUUCAAUCCUCUUCAAUCCUCUUCAAUCCUCUUCAAUCCUCUUCCUCCCUCUCCUCACGCUAACAUGUUCUGACCGGUCUUCCAACGGAGGGCUUUGGUGAAACCCCUAUACCUUUUGAACAUGUGCCUGCAGAUCAAGGAUGCCUGAUGAACCAGAGUGCUGACGAACACCACGGUUACCAUGAAGCGCAUUUGCCUUAAGGCUACCUAUUUAUUCGCACCAUAGUCCUUAACACCGUAGUCCUUGGAGAUUCCUUUUCUACUUGAAAAAGACGCCAAGGAUGUUCCCAAGGUUGCCAAUGCGGUCGCUCUAAUUGCCGCACAAAGCCAUGGGUGGCAUCGAGCCCGGUUCCUUCCACGCCUUUAGAGCGAGUGACGCGCCACAUGGGGCACUGGAUGCGAGUGGAAAUUUUAUGGCAGAUCAUGAUGAAGGGCAAUGUUAAUUCAAUGGUGGUGGUCGAUGAAGAUAGUAUAUAAUUUUCAAGAUCUUCGACCCAGUAACUACAAGUCUUUUUAUUAGCCUGGCUGUUGUACUAGCUUUCGUAGAUUUUGCUUCCAAUGAUUUGCGGCACCCAAUCGACCACGUAGAAGAACACUACGGAACCAUGGGCCUGCAGAUACGAUUGGAACAACAGCAUCAACGCGAAAACGCUCGUUUAGAACAGGAAAGGAGUGGAGCUGGAGCGGAGAAGAAGCUGAUGAUAAAGCCCAACCAGAAAGGAUCAAAUGCUAGUUCUCUCGGAGAUCAUGAUGAAGAUCCUAGUCCUCCUACUGACGACGAACAAGAAGAUGCUGAUAAGGAAAACAACCGCCUCAGCUCUAAGACCACUGAAAAUAUUAACGCAACUUCUGCGAGUCGUGCCUCUUCUUCAUCCUCUGCGCAAAGUGCAAAUGGUCCUAAAAAGACUAGAAGUGUGCGUUACAGCCAGGGUCCUGUGGAUAGAAGUCAGCCUAGUUUUACAGCGCUCGAUAGAAUACGCAGAAACCUUGAGGGGAAACAGCAAUAUGGAGAAGCAGAACUGAAUUUGCUGACAGGCGACGCGUCACCAACUAAUAUCGUCACGGUUCACCAUGAAGAACAUCCUGAUGGCGAUAGCCUCCUUUGAAGUGGUAGUGGAGACCAAGAAGAAGAAAACUCAGGUUUAGAUGACAGCAUAUGCAUACUUACACAAGAUGAUACAUAAGAGACUUGAUUCACGUCUGGGAACAAAUAUACUGAAGAUAGAAAUAGUGAUAGUCGUCUUUCCAUUUUUCUCUGAGGGAGACAAAGGAUAGCUGUCUUACUUUUGGUUUUCAUCUAUGCUAAAAAGCGCUUUCAUUUAUACUAAGUGCAUACCCCGUGAGUGGGUACAUCUAUCUAUCUCUCUUUCUAUCUAUCAGUAUGUUGCUCUGCAUGGACUAAUACAGAUACAUCGAAUGCAUUUAUUAUUCUAGUGCCAAAGUCAAUCAUUUAAUAUCGAAUAGUAUGUGUGAAUUUCAUUUUUCAGGUUUGUCAUUGCACAUGAUGAAGAUGAGUGUCUAUGUCAUUGGAUUUGCCUUGUGAUUUAUUACUAAGUUGUACGUCGCAGAACUGCUUCAAAGAAGAAAUAUUGACAUCGCGGCCUAAGAUGAGCUAAGCAUUAUUGAGCUACACCUUUCUUGUCGUUGCCUCUCAUCCCUGGAUAGAAAACAGUUACUCCAUGUGGCUAGAAACUAGUUGCACAAAUCCCCAUUUGCAGCUAUCGUUGCUGUUCAUCGAAAUGAUCCCCCUACCCGUAAAUGAGCUUGAUUUUGUGAAAUGUUCAACAUGUUUCUCGUCGAUAAUCAUUAUCUGAUAAUGCAACCACUUAAAAAUAUUGAGCUGAGAAGUGAAGAACAAACUAUUGCUAGUCCUAAACGAGCUAAGAACAAGAAGAACGAGCUAUUGCUAAGAACAAGAAGAACGAGCUAUUCCUAAGAUCAAAAUGAACGAGCUAUUCCUGAGAUCAAAAUGAACGAGCUAUUGCUAAGAACAAUAAGAACGAGCUAUUGCUAAGAACAAGAAGAACGAGCUAGUAAGUUAGAAGUAUCUAGUGAUGGCUAACGAUUUGACAAGUCGCGUGCUGACAAGUGACAAGCUAGAAGUGAACUAGUCGUAUUUCUAGUAAGAAUUCUAUUUUCAACACAAGAAGUGGAAGGACUGUGACCAAGAUGAAGAACUUUGAUAGAAGCAAAAAGUCUGCACCACAACCAUUAGAAUUCCAAGGACGAAGUAAGCUGUACCAGACCCGUAGCAGUUUGCUAAGGCAGCUAU